CUCGAUUGACAUAUUCUGAGCUCCCGCCCGCAUCGUUGGAUCCCCAUCCAUAACCUAGACAAAUUCCCGAGUACGGCGUUACAUAGAUAUCGUUGUGCGCGAUAGUUGUGCGCUGAACAUGUUUCCGGAGAUUUCCAGUUGCGUGUUGAGCAUGCGGGCGUCUGAUGGGUGGUGCGCAUCUGCGCGGAUACCGCCCGCAGUGAUGCUGUUGCCCAUAACUUGCGAGAAGUAUCCGUUGCGGACGGCAACAUUGGAGGCACCCAAUCCGACACCUGAGACGUGUGCAUUGGCGUCGUUACCGAUUCCUACACCUCCUCCGCCGAGUUGCGUAUGGCAUCUGGCACCAGUUUGGUCGGGUGGAUUCGAAGUUGGAGGUGUCGUAAGUUUUGUUCUCGCAGAGAUUGCCACCGGUUUGCUGGUCAAUGUAGCCGAUGGAAGCGGGCUGGAGCCAUGUACUGUGGGCCUAUGCCAUGAUCGAUAUGAGUCUCUUUUACAUUCACCCGCAACAACUUCUAGGGAGACAACUUACGAAGCUCAAGUUCUCAAACACAAUAUCGUGAAUGGGAUUGUCAUAAGUCCCUCCGAGAACAACCAAUGUCUCCAAGUUUCCAAGAUAUGUUUGCACGGUGUUCAUGUUCUCUCCAUUGAGCGGCUUGUAGUAAACCUUGCCGGCCCCAGAGUCCAAGUAGAACUGCCCUCCCUCGCUCAACAACGCAAGCGCAUUCUGCACCCAAACGCCAAAAUCGGCAUUUGGCUUGGAGAUUGUGUCGUAACCCCAAUUCUGAUUGAACCACGUGUUCUGCUCCAUGACGAGCUCGCGCGAACCCUUGGAUUGUAUAGGGGCAACGCGGUCGGCGAAGGAAUUGAUGAAGCGCACCUCAGCUCCUUCGAUGCCUUGGGUUGACGUGAUCCAGUCAUAAGUGCCAGACGACCAUUUGAUGGAGGUGGCCGUGUACUGGAAAUCUUUCCUAUUGGCGACCUUCUUGCGCGCAUAAUUGGAAGCUUGGCCAUUGACGUAGAGAUUCCUGGAUUUGAGACCUACGGGAACGCUGGCGCUGUAGAUGCCAUUCGUACCAGAUGUCCAAUUACUGACUUUGUAGCCGCCCGAGAUGAGCGCGUUAGUGCCAACCCAUUUCACUGUAGAGCCAUCUUUUCC